CAUUUUCAAGGGUGAUAGUUUUUACGUUCCUGGAAGUGCGCAUGUAUAGCGAAGCGUGGUCAACGUGGUGUGUGCAUCGGCAUCGGCACGGCACUCCCUCCUGUUAUCGAUCAGUCGCGUGGUAGCGGUUAGCAGUUGUAGCCCGUCGUGUCAUGGAGGAUCUCCUGCUGCAGAUCAUAAGGGAGUCGAACAAUGCGAGGUUACAACAUUUACGGAAAUCGGCGCAAGAAGCGCACGAUUUUCUGGAGAAGCAGCAAGGCUUACUACGAGAUCCACCGCACGAACUGCGUGCAAAAUGCUUACAUACGUUUCAGCUAGCACUGGAAAGUAAUAGAAGCAAAUUUAUUGCUUUCGGACUUGCGGGAUUGCACAAAAUGUUAAGAGACGACAGAUUCCAAUCACCUUACGAGCCAGAAGAUGAUUCGUUAUGGUUGCCUGCACAAAUGUUGCACGCCAUGAGCUCCAUCGUCUCGCAAUCUGAUGACACACAAACGGAUAUGCUCAAAGUUUUGCUACAAGUUGCUUGCUCUCCUUAUUGGACUAUGAACGGCCGUUUGAUUAUCGCUAUAUUGACUACUUGUUGCGAGGCGUUCGAGAAUGGCAAUCAAGCUGUGCGUACAGCUGCACAGGCUGCAACUAGUCAAACGUUGCGAUCGUUUUGUCUUUUUUUAGACGAGGAGUGUCAGGAGAUGGACGAGAAUGCUAAACGGAAUAAAAAUGUACGCGAGCGAGGUGUUUCAUGUUUUAACGAGGCUUUGCCGAUUUUGCAGUACAUGUGCAGCAAACUGGACGAGGCUCAGAACAAUGGCAGAAACGGCAGCACUGUAGUCUUCCUAUUGGAAUGCUUGCAUACGCUCAUAUCGUCACUACCGCAAAAGAUUCAUACUAACACACACUUUACGACUUUCCUAUGGCAGAAGUUCUGUCCAGCCUUGAUAGCCUUUUUAGGUACUCCUCGAGUAGAUAAAACCUUUACCUCUCGAGAGGGAAAGGAGAACGAGGUUGGUAGAGGUUCCGGAUACUUGGCUACAUCGUUGAGUUUCGACAGUCAUCAGGCUAAAACUGUUUACAGCAUUGGCACGGAAUUAGUAAGAUUAGUAGGAUGUGUUGGCCCGUUGCGACCAGUUUUGGAAUCUGUGUUCCACAGAAUGUUGCUAUAUCCACCACCACAGCAGCGUCUAGAACCCUUAAAAGCAUUGAAGGAAUUAUUGCGUAGUCCCAGUCGCAUGGUUGAUUUUGCUGGACCAUUGCUGGUUGAAGAAGAUCGAUCGAGCCAUAUACAAAGUGACAUGGCAUUGAUGAGAUUAGCCAUGGAUUCGAUAGAGGAAUCAACAACGGGUGGACUGGCUAUAUUGCACGCGAGUGUCUCCUGCGUUGUCGCCAUGCUGUCAGCGCUUCAAGAAUUAUGCGAGGGCAAGGCCAUUAAUCAUAAUUAUACUUGCACGAUUAAUAGUUUGUACGAAGAUUUAGAAUCCUGUGAUUAUCGCGGACCUCUGACUUACCAAAGCAUGGCACGAUUGCCAAAAACAUAUAGGGAACAAUUGGAAUUAAUGAAGAAAGGUAUAGGCUCAGAUUCCGACUCAUCUGGGCAUGGACCAUCAGAAGAUGGCGAUUCAACGGACACUGAAGGUCCGCAAAAUGAAUCGGAUGAGGUUCAGGAAGAAAAUAGUCUUGACGAUAAUGAUUGCGCAACGGAGAAUGAAUACGAGAGACUGAGAUUGAAAAAAUUACCCAAAUGUCUUCAUGUUGGUCGACAAGUGGCCGACGAAUGCAAUGUGGACGUAGAGAGACACAAUGCCAGGCGAUUCGUAAGAAUACUUAGAUCUGAUCUCAUACCCAUGGUCCUCACUUUGCGAAGUAAUAUAGAGGUGGACGAGGCGUUGCAGAACUUUGCUUCUGAGUAUUGUCAAGGGGUGUUUGUAGCUCAACAAAAGAUACAGGAACAAACUGACAUUAGUACAGAUUCAUGUGCGUUAAUCACGAUCAUGAACGCUGAUGGAAUUUACCUAGCGACGUAUGCGGCAUUGCUUCUCAAUCUGAAAUUAAUCCAAAUAAAUUAUUAUCACGAGGAAGCUCGGCAAAUACCAAUUAGCGAGGAACGAUUUGUGGAAGAGGUGCACGGAUCGGGUGUAUUAGUUUAUCUUUCAGCCACAUGGCUCUCGGAAUUGUAUCAACAAGUUCUCGCAUGUAAUUUACUCGAGAAGUGUGGUUACAAUCCUAGUUCCACGGAAAAUAAUGCAUUGGUCAAUGUUCUCACGGACGUGGAUGGAAUACCCGGCAGUCACAGAGGCGGACAAUUGCUUUCUGAUUACAUAAGAUUAGAACGAGCCCAACUUUCUCGAAGUGAACCAACCCCGGAAGCGGAGGCUGGCGCAAAACUCUCCCGAAGAGUGUUGACUUGUUGCUGGGGCAGUAUGAUGACGGUUCUCACAACGGGACUGAAUCCUCCCAAGGAAGAAACUAAUAAAGGCAUCCUAAACAGAGACGGUGGUAGACGAGGAGUUAGAGACACGGUUGUCUUGGCGCUUGAAGGCCUUCACAAGGCUGCUACAUUAAGCAACGUGCUUGGUUUACAGAAUCGCUGCGGCUCCAUUUUUGCCCUUCUCGCAAAAGCUGCUUGCACGGAACAAUCCAUUUCGAAGAUUACUCGCAAGAAGGACGUUCUUCGACUUAAAUUGCAGAAUAAAGCGACUAAUCUUCAUACAUCUCACGCGCUCAGUAUGGAUGUGCUUCUGGGAAGAGGUCUGGAACUAGGCAGUCAUGGUAGCGAUUGCUGGCCGCAUGUUUUCACGUGUUGCCUCUACGUGAGUAAACUGGAACAUGACUUCUUCGGACGGAAUCAAAAUCCGUCACUGCCUAAAGUCUCUCAGAAGAAGGAAAAAAAAGAUGCUGUAAAUGGCGACGCUAAGAAUGGUCAAGACAGACUUCGAUUAAAUUUCAACAUUGUCGAUGAUGAGGAAUCUUGCGUGGACGUUUAUAGCUUCCUUUCGAGUCCUUACACGCAAAAUCCCAGUUCAGACACGAUUCCGGAGAUUAUCCAAGAAUCGAAUGCUGACAGCCAAUUUAAUGGCAUUUUGCCAGCGGAUUAUGCUGCCAAGAUUAUUUGCGUGCUGUCGCAGCAAGUCGAUAGACUUUUCGAGGAUGCGGCACUUAAACUGAAUCUCAGGGCUCUCUGCUCAUUUCUCAUGGCUCUCUGUAAGGCCAGCAAGGCGCAAUUAUUCAAGACCACCGAUGGCUGUAAAGACAAUAAGAAAUUUUGGUGGAGACGAAGUAAGCCGAGGGAAAACGAGAUGAAUGUGUUGCUUCUAGCUCGUUUAGGUGAAGUUAUGCUGAAGUGUGUAAAGAGUGGCAGACCUUUAAUACAUAUAAUGGGGGUAUGGACUAUUUUGGGACCACACUUCAUGGAGGCGGCUUGCCACGAGGACCGUAGCAUUUCGAAGAAAGCCGUUCAAUGCAUUCACGAUUCCAUGGCGGCCUUGUUAAACGAACAGAUAGAACUUCCGCAUUUUCACUUUAACGAGGCGCUCUUCAAACCUUUUGAAAACCUUUUGUGUCUUGAGCUUUGCGAUAGCGAUGUACAGGAUCAAAUUGUUAGUUGCAUCUGUGAGUUCGUUGAAACAAAUCGUACUGAGAUACGUUCAGGUUGGCGUCCACUUUUCGGCGCUCUCCGAGUGGCGUCGGUUAACAAUUCAGAUUCGGUGGAAUCGGCGCCUUUGUUAGAAGUUUUCAGAGUCUUCCUCUCAACAGACAACACGUUGGUUUUUGCUAACGCCGCUUUGGACUGUAUCUUAUGCCUGCUAAAACACGUGAGAGGUAUCGGUGAUAACGAAGCUCAAGCUGAGGAGACUGAGAAUAUCGAUAGCGCAGAAUCGAGAAGAAUGAGACUCUGUGUUGAAAGUUUGAAGUAUCUGCUGAGUUGCAGCGAUAUUCUGUCGUCGAUGUAUCGGAUGCCGGCCUGCCCGAUCUUUCAUUCAGCCCAGAGAAUUCAAGUCUCUACGAUUCCGCAAUACGUGGAUCCGAUUAUUCCGAAUCUCGAGCUGACUAGGUUCGACAAGCAUAUCGAGUCGAUGCAGGAAGUUAUUCCGGAAAAAUCAUACGACGCGCUGACUCCAUUAAUUGACAAGGACGCUCAUCCUAUCGCCACGUUGCAGAGUAUGGACAAGCCUAGUGGUAUCCUCAGGGUCUGGUACAUCCUUAUCGAAGGCUUGGCAAGCGCAACUAUGAUCUGUCCAAAGCGUUAUCAACCGCAUACUCUAGAGACUCUAUUCCAUCUCUUGCGCGAUAUUUUGAAUGUACCCGGGCCAGCGUUUGGACUCUACUGCGUUAAUCAUCUAUUAUUGCCCAUGGUGCAAAAUUGGCUAAGGAAAACGUCGAAGAUCUUUCGUGGAUGGGACAACUUUGCGCCCAAUUUCAAACAGUGUUGCGGUCUCACAACAGAUCUCGUGGUUGAUUAUUUGACACAUUUACAAGGUCCAGAGAUUGUUAGAAACGAUGCCUAUUUACCUGCCACGACGCUAAUGUUGAAACAGCUUUUGUUAGUGAUGGCGGAAUGCGUUGUACAGCCUACGGAGAGUAUAGCUCGUCUUGGCUGCGCUUGCAUCAGGCACAUUUUGGUGAGCAGCGGACCACUCCUUACUCCGGAACAAUGGGAAGUCUGCGGUGUCGCGUGUUACCGCGCCUGUUCGAAUUCGUUGCAGGAGUUGCACCAGCUGACCAUGGCUUUCUCACCCAGAUCGGAAUCUUUUUACGGGGACGUCGCCCAAGUGAAGGUCGCAGCGCGCCGAGACGCGACACCGGAAGAAACGGAAAGGCUGCGACAACUUGCUGCUCAAGUGUUCCUCCUGGAGGAACAAACACGAGUCGAAGAUGCUUCGCGAUCAUCCGAUGAAAGGUCGUACGUGUUCCUUUUGUAUCCUCCUGCCGUAGGCGCUACUCUCAAUCCCGACCUUUACAUCGUUAGAGUCCAGUUGCGUGCGUUGGUAGUCGGACUUUUGGUACAUCAGAUGCUGCUUCAUUGCAUCGCGAGUGUUCUUCUUCAAGGUGCCGGCUCUUCGAUUUCAAGUUUAUCUCACGUCAUCCCGCAUUCAACGCCAUGCAGUUCACCUAAUCCUAACGUCAAACGGAGUUACUUGUCUCAUCUGAGUCCGCAUCACGUGGAGAUUUUCCUUUCUGCUCUGGACUUCUCAUACGUCGCCGCACUAAAGUUUGAUUGCCGACCUGGCCUGAAAUUCUUGGUGCAAAAGGUGGCAAAUCUCGAGCAACCAGCUAAUCUAUAUCGUCAAGCGGCCGCUGCUUGGACCAUUAAAAUCAUCACGCUGUUCGAGCUAUGUUUACGCGAGAUAGAGGAGCUUCACGCGACUCUGGAACUGGUAAAGACCAUUCUGGGCACAGGGCUGGGCGACAGAGAAUGUGUUUACGACAUCAAGCACCGAAAACUUAAUAAAUAUCUGCGGCAACUCCGUACAAUUUUUGAUGAGCUUUGCGAGACUUACGUCGAAGUAGUUCUUGACGAGGAUGGCAAGUAUACCAAGGUCGACAGUUUUGCAGAGAGGAAGAUAUUCUUGUUGGUGGCGCAACCCGAUGAUUAUCCCGAGAUUACUAGAAAGGAGCCUAUUGACGAUCGGCUUGUUUCUAGUACGCCAGCCCUCGUUGAGUCGUCGGAGAAAGAAGAUCCUGGUAUUUGUCAAAAUCAACCGGAUGGUGACGAAGAGGACGAUCAAGAUUAUCCAGAUGACGUAUACAAUCCGAACUUGGAUGACGAGAGUGGCCUGGAAGAGCUUGGAGCUGAGAGCGAAAACGACCCGAGACCUUUCAGGUUGUCGGAUCUGGCCGCAGAAUAUUCAACUGAUUCCGGCCCACAGUCCGAACCGGAAACCGACGACUCUAGACCGAUGUCCAGAUUAGGAUCGGUCACAGAGAAGAUUGUUUACCUCGAUCGUUCCGGCGGAACUUCCAGUGAAGGUUACAUCGAUGCCAAGUAUAAUGCUGUGACUCCGGCACCUCCCAAGAUGAUGUACAGUCGUGACGAUAUCUCUUAUAAUUUGGAUUCGCGUUGGAAAAUGGAGUCAAUCUCUAUGAGAACGUCCAUGGCUGAUAUGAAGACGCUAAAUCGAAAUUCGUUUUCCGAUGAAGGCUUUUUACAUAAAAAAUCAUAUUUGGAAAGACGUGGUAGCGACGUGGGUCCAUUAUCCAGGCGGAAAUCUUUGACAUUCGUCAUGGCUGCAGAACUUGAAGAUAAAGAUAAGUCAUUGCUGGUCGAUUCUGUGGAUCCUCGACCAAAGUCGGUGAUGGAACUGCGUAGAACACCUGCUUGGACAAUGUCCGAUGGUCCUUCCAGCGAGUCUCGCGAACCUGAAGAAAGUAUCAAAGAGGAGGACAAAAAGAAUUCUAAAUCUUCACAGAUCCUUGACAAUAUAGAUGAAUUACUGCGCGAUUAUGAACGUAGCAAGCGUGGCUUUAGAACAAAUCCCUUUUUGCGGGACGAAGAAGAAUCAUCUACGGUUGAGAGCCAGUCGAUCGUUAACCAGGAAGUGCAAAUUCAAAGGCGAAACGUUAAUAAAGACAGCGAGGCUCAUAGGAAAGCUUGGGCAGACACUCUGGGCAUUGCAUUGGAAUGGGCUUUAGCUUUACCAGAUGAACGAUUGGAACCGUUGCUUCCAGUUUUCGUACGCGGCGUACGAAUAUUGACCAGGCAUGCCAUAGAUCAGAGCUUGAAGCAACGUCUUUCAGCUCUCUUUCACCGUAUCGCUGUGCUUUAUGGAUUGACAAAUAAUUAAUAGCGAUCGAGUUUAGCUAUGUACGCGAUCGCGGCCUCAGUUACUAAGACUUUUCGAGAAACGAAGAAAUAAUUAAUUAACAUGCUUGACUUAUUUUUCAAGUUCUUUAUUAUUAUUACUGUGAUAGAUACGCAAAAUUGAAAGGAGAAAUGGGAAGAUGUAAAAUCUGUCGAUAUAUUUUAUUUGGAAUUGUCGAUCAAAUUGAUAUAUCAAUCGAUACAAGUAAAUUGAAUUGGAAAAAAUACGAUGUUUCCGUUAUCACGCGGGUCUCUAUUUUUUCCGUAUAUGCCGACACGUCGACACGUCGGAGACAAGAAUUUUAUUUACGAUCCAUUCCGCAUGCACAUCUCUCGAUUCUCAUUUUAUGCUCUUUGCGCUUAACUGUAGUUUGCGGUCCGGUCAUAGUGCCGGGUGUAUCGGAUUUUUGCUUCCAAUGUAAAGCUUUGAAAACACGAGCGACGAAUGAAAAGUGUCUCGUGGCAAAUGCGACACAAGUGAUAUUGGCACUCCUCUAUUCUUUUAUCAAGAUGAUCUCUUGAUAAACAACGGAAUAUAUUAUCAUUUUUGUUGCGCAGGUUUUUUUGCUAGUAUAAAUAGCGAUUAUCUUUUUUGUAGAAGAAAAGAGCGAAAGAUUUUAACGUUUGAAAAGGAUUAUUAUAUAUAUAUAUAUAUAUAUAUUCCUUGCAAGUAUUCUAUUUUAUUGUAUAUAACGUAACAUUGUUG